CGUCUGCCGCUUAAUUGGCCCGUUGGCCUUUAACCAGACAACCAGAGCUGCCUGGGGGCAAAUGAGGCAGGAACGAAAGUACAGUGGCACAUUUCGAAGGAUGCAGGGAAGAGGUGCUUUAGCGUGACAGCUGCCUUUCCAACAGGACCUCCAGAAUGGCAGGGACCAAAAUGCUGGAAAAAGCCGUCGGCUUGAUGACGAUCCGGAAUGAAACAGUUCGACAGGCCCUGGCGGAGGCGCUGGGAACUUUCAUCUUGAUGCUUCUUGGCUUAGGCAGCGUGGCCCAGGUGGUGUUGGGGAAAAAGAACUUUGGGGAGUAUUUGAGCAUCAAUCUCGGAUUUGGAUUUGGUGUCAUGCUGGGUGUCCAUAUGGCCGGUGGAAUCUCAGGCGCUCACAUGAAUGCAUCAAUAACUUUCGCAAACUGCGUAACUGGAAGACUCCCUUGGCGCAAGCUUCCAGCCUAUGUGAUCGGCCAGUUCCUGGGAUCCUUUGCGGCUUCCUCUGUUGUUUUUGUACUAUAUUAUGAGGCUCUGCAGGAUUACACCGGGGGGAACCUGACUGUAACUGGACCUACUGCUACAGCGGGCAUCUUUUCCACGUACCCAGCCCCCUACAUGUCUCUAUGGGCUGGAUUUCUAAACGAGUUUGUUGCCACCAGCGUGCUUUUGAUUGGAAUCCUGGCUAUUAGCGACACGAAGAACGCAGCCGCCCUUCAGGGCACCGGUGCCUUCAUCACGGGCCUUCUAGUUGUGGCGAUUGGCAUGUCCAUGGGCAUGAACACCGGCUACGCCAUCAACCCUUCCAGGGAUUUGCCACCAAGGAUUUUCACGGCCAUUGCUGGAUGGGGGAUGGAGGUCUUCAGAGCAGCCGAUAACUGGUGGUGGGUCCCCGUCAUUGCGCCGACGCUGGGCAGCCUCGUCGGAAUCUUCAUCUACAACAUCCUGAUUGACUUUCACAACCGCUCUCAGCCGGUAACGGAACACGACAGGAAGUUAGACCUGGAGGACGGGGAGAUCUUGGAGGCCAAACUGUGACACCUCAACUCCCAUCAACAGGAUGCUGCAGCUGUGAUAGAUCAAGUGCUGCUUUCAACGGACCACCAUCUUUGACCGUACCAUGGGAC